AUGGAGCGCAUCGAGGAAGUCUAUUCGAGUGAUCAUAUCAUGGGUGACGGACCUAAGGAGAAGACCAUCUCUAGGCUUGAGUCAUUGAUCCAGGUGGCCACAUCCAGGUUGGAGAAGAUGCCAGUACACCGUGACCGGUCCAGCCAGCUCACUGUGCAGAUGAUAGCGGAUGAACUUAGGAGCAUGGUCAAGAUGCUGCGUGAGGACACGACCCCUAACAUCCCUAGGACCCGUGAGGAGAAUAUGGCACCUAAAAGAGCUCGAGGAAGACCCACUAAUAACCGAGAGAAUGAAGAAGGAAACCGAAACGCGAACCAGAACCUUGACAUAGCACAACUUCUAGAAUUGGUACGCCAACAAACAGCCACUAUUGCCCAACAACAACAACUUCUUCAACAAAUGCAACCACCACAACCACCUCCAGGAAAUGUCACCACUUUCAAAACCUUCCAAUCCGUAAAACCCCCGGAAUUCAAAGGAACUCAAGAUCCGGUUGCAGCUCAUGCUUGGUUAAAAGAGAUGGAGAAGGCUUUUGCCUUGACAAAUGUUGGAGAUAAUCAGAAGGUGGAGUAUGCUGCUUAUUUUCUUAAAGGAGAAUCGAACUAUUGGUGCGAAACAGCAAAAGCUUUAGAACCCGAAGGAAUUAUUACUUGGGACAGAUUUAAGAGAAUGUUUUUGGAUAAGUACUUUCCUCGCUAUAUGCAAACACAAAUGGAGAUGAAGUUCUUUGAAUUAAAACAAGAUAAUAUGACAGUUGGGGAGUAUGAGAAGAAGUUCACUGAACUAUCUAGAUUUAUGGGAGAGUAUGUUGAUUCUGAAGAGAAGAGAGCGAAGAGAUUUCAACAAGGACUAAAGCCGUGGUUGAGAAGUCGGGUGGCAGCUUUUGAAUUGACUACUUAUGCUGAAGUAGUUCAAAAAGCAAUGGUAAUUGAAGGCGAAAGUGAGCAGAAUCAGAAGGAGAAAGGCAACAAAAAGAGAAGAUUUGAAUCGGGAGAAGAAGGCACAAGUUACAAGGGCCAGAAUCAAAAAGUUAAUCAAAGGUUUAAACUUCAAAGUGGACCCGGAAACUUCAAGAAGAGAGAAUUUGGGAACAAGUCACAAGAAAACAGAUCUCAAUCGAGUGGAUAG